CUGUAUUUUUACUAAAAACAGAAAUGGUUCCACCCCUAAAAUACAGAUCUAAUCUCGUGUGUGUAUAUAUAUAUACAUACAAAUAGGGUUUUGAGUUUUCAGGAGCAUAUGAAUUAACACAGGCAGAGAGGAUUUCAUUGGAUUUGAAGGUGUUGCUGGAAUUUAAAGUCAUGUCAUCAUCACGGAAGGGUUCGCUCAAGAACGAUGAAAUACAAAACGACGACGUUGAAAUUGAACUGAAUGCAGAUGUUAUAAUUUACAUUAUUUCUAUAGUCGCAAGGCAUCAUAUUGAGAAUUGCGAGUUCACAGAAAUUAUAAAGUUGAUCAACCUUGGUGGAAGUAAUUAUUUUGAUAGAAAUCCAUCGUUUUUGUUUCGUCUUCUUGAGCAACAAUUUAUAGAAUAUGUGCGUGCUGAAAAGAUAAAAGAGGCUUUAGAGCUUUCUUAUAAAGAAUUGAGUCACGUAGCGGAGAAAAAUAUAGAGUUUUUCAAGAAGAUGGAGAAGAGUUUUAUGCUGCUAAUUUUCCCAACGGAUUCCAUAUGCAGUGAACUAUUGGAUACGUCUCGUCUUCAAAAUAUUGCUGAAGAGAUAAAUGCAACUAUUCUUACUCAUGGGAUCGAUCUUUAUUUUGGCAACAAGCUAAAGGACUAAGUUAGGUGGAAAUCUUGACUAUAGCAAGGUGAAGUUUCGAUUUUUAAUGAUGAAUUCUUGUCGACGAAAUUUGGACUAACAAAAAAAAAAUCAGUCCGACUUAGAAUGCGGGAUUGCUUGCAUUUUGUUUAUGAAUUUGUUUAGAACAUGGCAUUAUCAUUGUAUUGAGCUUUUGGAGAAUACAUUACUUUAGAGACUUCCUUUUUCCA